UAUCCACUCAAUGGGAAAUGGGAAACAUCCUCGGCAUUCUUCACAAUCGUCGGCAGCAAUAAUAAACACUCUCGACGACAUUCAAGACGAUAUACUCACUCACAUUCUCUCUUUUCUUCCGAUCAAAGAAGCUUUUAGAACCAGCGUUCUUUCCAAGAGAUGGAUCUCAUUGUGCUACUCACUCUCCACUCUCCACUUCGACGAUAUCCAAAGCGGAGUAACCACCAUAGAGACAUGGAUUCAGUUCUGUCAAAUGUUGGAUGCAAUUAUACUCUCCCCACAUGCACAACAACAAACUCUCAAAACUUUUCAUCUCAAGUGUCAAUACAAAUUUUGGAAAAUUGAUCAUCGCAAUAUCAUCAAAUGGAUUGAAGCCGCAAUACAACGUUGUGUUGAGGAUCUUUCAUUGUUCUUGUUAUUUGGUGUCACAUUGGAGCCUACUGCCAUUUUCAUCUCGAAAACACUUGUGGUUCUAAAAUUAUGCAGGUUACAUGUUUCAACUUUGUCUAAUUGUUCUGUUCGUCUUCCUUUACUUAAAAUUCUGAGUCUGGUUGAUAUUAAUUUUGAUGAUAUGGGGGAUUUAAAUAAAAUUCUAUAUGGGUGUCCCAUAUUGGAGGAUUUGAAAACUGCAUAUAUUAAUGCAAGCGUCGGCGUUACAGCUGGAGGGAACUCUGAACCUUCUUUAUCUAAGUUGAUCAAAGCCAGUAUCCGUUUAUUCGAUGUUCCUCUCAGAGCACUUUCUUGUGUGAAAUUUCUAACUGUAACCAAGGUAUGA